AAUAGUCUCAGGGGUCCAGAUCAAAGUUCUACUCUAACUCCUACUAUUUUAUUCUCAUGUGCCGGAGUUAACAUGGGCUCCGUGUGGAGGAUCAUUCCCUUCAUAGUACUUCUCAUGCUCAAGGCGCAUGCCCUUCCAACUCAAUAUGGUGAGGACGCAGAUGCAGGUGAAUUACGGGAGGACAUUCUUGAAAUCAAUUUAGAUUCCCAAAGAGACUUGUUUGAAGGAGAUAUUGCUGGAGAUCUACGAAGAAAUGCAAUAUUAGAUGAAAAAGCAAGAUGGCAGUUUCCCAUUCCAUACAUCCUCACAGAUAGUUUGGAUCUCAACGCCAAAGGAGUGAUCCUUCAAGCAUUUGAAAUGUAUCGUCUUAAGUCAUGUGUGGACUUCAAGCCCUAUGAAGGGGAAAGCACCUACAUUUCUUUCACAAAGCUGGAUGGAUGUUGGUCAUUUGUUGGAGAUUUAAAGACGGGGCAGAACGUCUCUAUAGGGGACAGAUGUGACACCAAGGCCAUCGUGGAACAUGAACUUCUCCAUGCACUGGGUUUCUAUCAUGAGCAGUCUCGUUCAGACAGGGACGACUAUGUCCAAAUCUGGUGGGAUCAGAUAAUUCCAGGAAAGGAACACAAUUUCAAUAAGUAUGAGGAUGAUUUGAUAACCGACUUAAACACGCCCUAUGAUUACGAGUCCAUCAUGCAUUACAGGCCUCUGUCUUUCAACAAGGACCCUGAUAUUCCAACCAUAACCACAACCAUCCCUGCCUUCAAUAAUAUAAUAGGACAGCGCUUAGACUUCAGUGCUCUUGAUCUGGAAAGACUGAAUCGCAUGUAUGAAUGUGCUGCAUCCCUCACUCUUCUGGAUCAAUGCGCCUUUGAGCAGAUCAACAUCUGUGGAAUGAUUCAGUACGAUGAGGAUGAUGCCGACUGGGUCCAGACUUUGAGCUCUGCAGAUGAAAAGGAUCACACACUUGGAGGACAAUGUAGAGAUGCAGGCUAUUAUAUGAAGUUUGACACCGCUAACAAAACUGAGGGACACAGUGCUUUGUUGGAGUCACGGAUUCUUUACCCCAAGAGGAACCAGCAGUGCCUUGAGUUCUUCUACAGGAUGAGUGGAGACCCUGGUGACCAGCUCAUCAUUUGGGUCAGAAGAGAUGAUGGGUCUGGAAAUAUACGCAAAGUCAGCAAAGUUCACACAAUCAUAGGGGAUGGGGAUGAGUCAUGGAAAAUUGCACACGUCUCUCUAAAUGUUGAGAAAAAGUUCAGGUACUUUUUCCAGGGUAUCGUUAGCUCCAAAAAAACAUCAAGAGGGAUCUUUAUAGAUGACAUUACUCUGACUGAAACAACGUGCCCAAAUGCUGUCUGGAGGAUCCAGAACUUCACCAACCUCCUUAAUACUGUCCCACAUGGUGUAAGAGUUCAGAGUCACCGUUUUUACAACUCUGAGGGGUACGCUUACGGAAUUAAUGUUUACCCAAAUGGCAGGAUAAACUCAUCUGAAGAGUUUGUCGGGAUCACGUUUCACCUCUUCUCUGGUGAGAAUGAUGCUGUAUUAGAAUGGCCUGCAGAGAAUCGGCAAGUUACUAUUGCGGUUAUGGACCAGAAUACAGAUGCAACACUUCAAAUGUCUAACAGCAGAAGCUUCACCACUGAUGCCGACUCUCGGUGGAAUAAACCAUCUACAUUUGAAGAGUGGGACGAAAGUUGCUUUUGCUACAGAGGUCCAGAGUUUGGUUGGGGCACAUUUAUCUCACACGAGCAGCUCCGCAGAAGGGACUUCCUUAAGAAUGACGACCUGAUCAUCACUGUUAAUUUUGAUGAUUUGGCACAUCUUUUAAAAUCAGAAGUUCCAAUCAAAGCUGACUUCUCAAGUCACCUUCAAACUGUAGAAGAAAGCCAUUACAGACCAAAAGUCAGGCAACCACGGGCGAUCAGUGACCCAUGUCAACCAAACCCCUGCCGUAAUGGAGGAGCAUGUGUUGUACAUCAGGGGAAAGCAACUUGCAGGUGUAUUUCUGGACAGGCUGUUGUGUACGCAGGAGACACCUGCGAGAAACAGCACAUUAAUGGAGGAAUUCUGGGAGUUCUGAUUGGUGGAGCUGCAGGAACUAUAGCUCUUACUGUCGCCAUUGUUGCUGUGAUCUACAGGCAAAACUAAAACUAUUUCAUCAUAUUUGACAUCUGAAUAACAUCACUCUUUGAUAAGCAAAGUAUUUUAUUAAUGAAUCAUCUUACAAUAAACAUCUUUAUUAACAAUCGCAUCUCUCUAUUUUCCAUAUCCCUUUAAAAGAAACAAGGAAAUAUGUCUAACAAGAGAAACAAAUAAAUAAAAAAUAAAUAUUUGUCAAUCUCAAGAAUAGUGCUUAAGGUGUGUUAAAUUAACUUUGGUUCUUCAGAUAUUUUGUCAGAAUGACUAAAUAGUACAUAGAGGUUGAUGUCAUAGUUCUUUAUGUUUUGCAAAAUAGAAGCACAGCUAAAACUAAUCAGCUUACAAAUAGGUAGGUGACCACUUUUUACAUUGCAUGUAGAGAGACAGUGUUAAAUAAAAGACAACAACAAUCAGGGUAGAAAACUACAGAUAAUUGCUACAUAUAUACAGCAGCACUUAUAUUGUUCUUUUAAAAACACAAACAUAAACAUCUAUUAUAUUUUUUGUGUCUGUUUCUCGCUGUUUGUUCCUAAUUUUAUGCAGUAAAUAAAAAGGGAUGACCACAGCCUAUACUUUGUUCCAAAUGUGUAUUAAGUCUUUUAAAGUACAAGAAGUACUUUUAGUUCUUCACCAAACAGCGCUCCCUCUCCUGUUUUUGUUGCUGCUGUGGCUUCUCAGGCGGAUCAAUGUACUGCAAUGCAAAUCGGAAACAAAAAAUGUAUUAAAGAAAUUUCUUAGGAAAUUUUUAUGGUCUUUUGUAGAGCUGCCUUUGAAAUUGUUUAAUGAACAUUGACUCUGUUAUGGAAAUGAACUGAAUAAACAUUAACUGACCUGA